CCUCAGUGAAACUUUGACCGUAGAGGAUAACGUUUCGGGGCGAUCAGGUUGAUUUUAGAUCGAGUAGCAAGUAGGUGCAAAGGAAGUUUUCUCUGGGACGCAGUCGCGUACGCGCGUGAAAGUGUGUAUGCAUCGUGAGCCGCGCGAACAAGCGAAAGAAACGGAAUAUGUUUCCUCGCGGUCAUUGCGGGAAACUUCAAGCGAUCAAAAUGUUAAGGAAAUAAUCGUGUCGCGCAAGUGUCUCUCGCUGGUAGAGAAGACAGACCGUGUGCUCAAAGUUUCAUUCUCUCUCUCUUCCUCUCACCAAACCCCCGCCCCCCUCCUUCCCUCCUCUUCUUCCUGGUUGCGGCCUUCUCUUCUCCCGCCGCUCUUCUCUGGGUCCGUUCGUCGCACCGGGACGACGUUUACCGUGCGUCACGGGAAACGGCAUUGGGAGGAGACAGAAGGUGACAGUCCUCCCGCGGAAUUUAUGGUGCGCACGAGAGAAACGGUGAAGUGAGUAGUGUCAAAGUGGAGUGAGUGGAACGGCACCAGGUGCCAAUUUUCGGGGCGAAAAAGAAAAAAAUAGAAAGAAGAGCUAGAGGGUUCGCUAUCAUUCCGGGCAAUAUAGGUGGAAAGAGAGAAAAAAUGCCGGGCCUAAUCGCCGUGAGCGAGUUCGUCGAGGAGACGAGAGAGGAUUACAAUUCGCCUACAACGUCUACUUUCGUCUCGCGGAUGCCACAAUGCAGGCAAACGAUCACAUCCCUCGAAGAAACCUUGGACUUCGACAGGGACGGGCUUACGAAGCUGAAGAAAGCGAUAAAAGCGAUCCACAAUUCUGGAAACGCCCAUGUGGAUAAUGAGGUAUACCUUGGAAGGGCACUAGAGAGGCUCGGGGACGCUGCUUUGAAGGAACAGGAACCGGAUAUCGGUGCGGCGUUCUUGAAGUUUGCGGUCGUCACAAAGGAACUGAGCGCUCUGAUGAAGACCUUGAUGCAGAACAUCAACAACAUCGUGAUGUUCCCUUUGGACUCGGUGCUAAAGGGUGACCUGAGAGGUGUGAAAGGUGACUUGAAGAGGCCGUUUGAGAAGGCGUGGAAGGAUUACGAGGCUAAAUACGCGAAAAUCGAGAAGGAGAAGAAACAACACGCGAAAGAGGCUGGCCUCAUUCGGACGGAAGUUACGCCUGCUGAGAUCGCCGACGAGAUGGAGAAGGAGAGAAGAUUGUUUCAAUUGCAAAUGUGCGAGUAUCUUAUAAAAGUGAACGAAAUCAAGACGAAGAAAGGAAUCGAACUUCUUCAGCAUCUAGUCGAAUAUUAUCACGCGCAAACCAAUUAUUUUCAAGACGGCCUAAAAACUAUCGAACAUUUUGGUUCGUACGUGGCUGACCUCAGCGUGAAGUUACAAAAGAUUAGGCAAACGCAAGACGAAGAGAGAAGACGUUUAACAGAGCUAAGAAAUCUCCUGAGAAGUUCAGGUUGCGACAAAGAGUUAAAUGUAAACGCGAAUGCAGGCUAUUCGCUCCAUCAGCUUCAAGGGGAUAAACAGCACGGCGUGACUCGUUCGGGUCAUCUGUUAAAAAAAAGCGAAGGAAAAAUGAGGAGAGUCUGGCAGAAACGGAGGUGUGCAGUUCAAGCCGAAGGUUAUCUAGACAUCUGUCACGCGGAUGAAAAUAAACCGCCUACCAGGGUGAAUCUGUUAACCUGUCAAAUCAAGCUAGUCCCGGACGACAAACGGGGCUUUGAUCUCAUUAGCUACAAUAGAACGUAUCACUUUCAAGCAGAAGACGAAGCGGAUCAACGAGCGUGGAUGUCGGUUUUGGUUAAUUGUAAGGAACGCGCGUUGCUUCGAGCAUUCGACGCGAGCGGAAAGGCGGAGGCUGGAAGCGGAAAUCCAAGUUUAGUCGAACUCCAACAGGCUGUAAUCCGAUGUGUCAUGAGGUUACCUGGAAAUGAUCAGUGCUGUGAUUGUUCCUCGCAAAACGAUGCCACGUGGCUUUCUACGAAUUUCGGUAUAAUCGUGUGCAUUGAAUGCAGCGGGAUCCAUCGAGAUUUGGGAGUACACAUAUCCCGAAUACAAUCUUUGACACUGGACAACGUGGGCACUGCCCAGCUACUUCUUGCAAGAAACAUGACUAACCAUGCGUUCAACGAAGUAAUGGAAGCAACGUUGCAUCACAAUCACAAACCAACGCCGACAUCAACGAUGGAAGAAAGAUACGAUUUUAUAAGGGCGAAAUACGUGGAUAAAAGAUACGUGAUGAACACUUGCGCGGAUGAAAGGGAUCUCCUCUCUGAUUUAGAGCAUGCUGUUAAUAAUCGUGAUCUCCAACAACUUUUGCAAGUUUUUGCUGAAAAUGUGGAUCUGGCAGCACCUUUGCCAACAUCGGACGUGGGCGAAACGGCAUUACAUUUAGCCAUUCUGCGAGAAAUGGGAAAUAGUUUACACAUAAUCGAUUUUCUGGUGCAAAAUAUGUCAACAGGUGGUAUAGAUAGAACUACCAUCGACGGUGAAACAGCAUUGCAUCUUUGUGCGAGGCACGACAGGGCUGAAGCGAUGAAAUUGUUACUGCGAGCCGGUGCUGAUCCGACACAUAGGAAUAAACAAGAUAAAACACCAUUGGACAUUGCACAGGAAAUGGGUCAUCAUACCUGCAAAGAAUUGUUAAGUCACGCUUUACAAAGACAAAAGACAUUGUUCGACAAUGUUAACAUCGAUUGGAAUCUUUCGCACGAUGAAGGUUCGACCGACUUCUCCGACGAUGAAACGAUAAUCGAGGACCGGAAUGGUUGCUUAACACCGGAGAAAAAAUCUCGUAGUAGACCACCAUCAUACGUGGGUGGCGGUGGUGGUCCUGGGUCAGGGGAUUCACCAGUGACGUUACGAAGUCGAAGUAGCACUUGCGACAGCUUGCAAAGUGGUUCUUCGCCAAGUUCCUCGACGAAUAGACAGCAAAUGCCUCCACCGCCACCUCCGCAAUCAAGGAAACCUGUUGCUGUACCUGCACCCAUGGCGCCAGAUAUAUCAGUCAAUAUUCACGGAUCAUUGAAGAAACGUGUAGCACCUCCACCACCACCGGCCGGAAGUACAGGUGGUAUAUCCUCCUCUCAUUACGGUACACUACCUUCGUCCGCGUCCUUAGCAGCGUCAACGCAUAGCCGUACAACGAGUGAACCGAUCUUAGCUGGGCAUUCUUUACACACUCUACCACAUGCGUUAAAUACAUUAAACAGUCAACAUCAUAAAAGAUCGCCCAGUGGAGAUUCUUCAACGGGACACGGCACGGACAAGGUGAACAGUUCAACCCUACAGAGACCAAGGAACCCACCACCACCUGCCCCGUCGGGUAUUAAUUCGUCCAGACUGAGUAACGGGCGUAGCAGCGAAUCUUUAAGUUCCAUGUGCUCGGAUCACGGUUUGGGUAAUCCCAUUCCACCCCCACGCAAGCGAAGGGACCGGUCCAGGCUAGAGAGCUACGCCGAGGAGCCUUCAUCUUUGCUCCCAAAUCUGAAUCUGCCAACCUCUUCAACGUUAACCGGUCUACGACGUUGUAGAGCGUUGUACGAUUGCGAGGCAGACAACGAGGAUGAAUUGUCCUUUCGCGAAGGCGAGGUAAUCAUCGUUACGAACGAGCAAACCGACGAUGACAAUUGGAUGGAGGGUGCCCUUGAAAGGGCACCGGAGCGAAGAGGAAUGUUCCCGAUCAGUUUCGUUCACAUGUUACAAGAUUAACAUUCGGUAAGUUUGAACUCAUUGGCAAGUGUCUUCAGUACUGCCAGCACCGCGAGUGUCGCUAGCCUUGGUAGGAAGUCUUGGAUAAGAAAAACAAAGGAUUAAGAAAGAAAUUUCGAGGAAAUAAUUGGGGUCCAUUCAUGUUUAACCUCAACGUUUACAUUGGGCAAACGUUGAUGUUAAUCAUAAAUGUAUCUUCAUCCUUUUGGCACGCGUUCAUAGGUUAUGAAUUUUUCUACCUAUCAUUUUUUUGCUCUAAAAUGAAAGCAAAUCAAUUUUUUGGAUCGUCCAAACAAAAUUUUAAGCAGAUUAUUAGAAGCUUACAAAUUGCCUUUUGUAUUUGGAAAAUCUGAAAAUUCUUUGAAUACGUUGUUCAGAGUGCUAGAGGAAAGAGAAGUUAAUGAUUUCAUGUAAAUUGAUCCAGACAAGAGGAAAUCGAAGACUCGGGGCGAGUCUCGGUUUCAAGGCCGAUGCUAAACAAUAAAUGUGAUAUAAGAUAUAUUUCAAUAUAAAUUAAAUUAGCAUUACGGAUCAGAUUUAAACUAACUAAUUUCUCUACGCUAAAAGCUAUGAAUACUGUUGGUCAAACACGUGCUUUCUCGUAGUCAAACAGGUGAUUAACACUUUGACAAUUGCUGUCACGUAUGACGACUGGGUCGAUCGUAACCUAUACGAAUCGACAAACAUUGAGCACUUCAGUUUCUGGAAGGAAAACGUUUAUUAUAUUAGAGAAAUAAUAUCCAAAGAAAUCUUGUCGAGUCUGAAAAAAUAAACGGCUUUGAUAUAAUUCUAUUUAACACGUUGACAACCAUGAUCAAAGUGUUAAUUAUUAAAGUAUAUUGUCCAUCGUGAAUAUCACGGUAAUUCGUUUGUAACGAGUUACAGCGGAUACUGGUUUAUCUUGCUGCUAGAGUGUAUCAAUUCUACUACGUAGAAUAAGUUAAUCGAAUUAUAUAUGCACAAUUUCGAGGAUACAGGAAAAAAGAUAAAAUCACAAAAGUAUGAAUGAUUGUGUGUUAUAUAUACAAUAUAUAUGUUGUGUAUAUGCGUGAGAGCGCAAAGAAAGAAGAAUAAUAAUUCAGUCUCUAAUUCGUCGCAUGUCCUUAAAAGUAAUCUGGCGCACAUUUCUUUUCCGUACUGCCAACGCUGAUUAUACUCUAUACAUAUUUCUCGCCAGUUUCAAGAGAAAGAAACGAAAAAUCAUAGGAACUCUUGUGAUAAGAUAAAGCAGGGGCGCACACGAAAUUGCCCUAAUGGGCGCACGGCGCCCAUUUUACUACUUACCGUGUAUGCCUGAUCUAAAGGAUGCUAUUGGAUUGUUGCAUAUUUCAUCGUGAAUUUUAAUGUAUAGAAAAUCUGACAUGAUUUAAACUUGUCAGACUUUCUAUAUUUCGAAAUCUAUCAUUUGAUAUACAAUAAUCUAAUGAAAAAUAAAAAUGGUCCUUGUUAGGAUAUACGAUUGAGACAUUAAAUAUUGCAUGACACCCAUAGUAUUAUUAGCGUAAUCGACUUCUAAGAAUCACCGUCGUUACGAGCGUAUGUACAUUUUUGUAAUGCCAUAUUAUUUGUUAGUAUGUAUAUAAUAAUUGUAUACAUAUAUAUAUAUAUGUACAUGUAUAUACAAGUACAUAUAUAGGUUGUCUCAAAGGUAUACACUAUGAAAACUGUCAACUCUUCAGGGACGAAGAUCGAAGAUAUUAACAAAUUGAAAAUCUGCCAUGGUUAAAUUCUUUUAUGAUUGAAUCAUUAGGAAUAAUAUUGAUGAAAUUUUCAUAGUGCAUAUCUUUCACAUGAGAUAUCUUUUAUAUAUGUACAUAUAAAUUCAUGUAUUAUUCGUUCAAUGAGAGAUCAUACUUGUCGACGAAUUGUCAUUCGGACCUGCGCACAUUAAUUCUAAUGAACGCGCAUGCGCAUUCUGGCAGUGAGCAACCGCGCGCAGUAGUCUUAUUCAUCGUCAGUAUAUUCGUCGACCCUCGAAGCAAUCACGUGUUUUCUGUAUUUAUUGAAUAUUAUUCAUACAUCUUGGUCCAUCGUGGACAUGAGCACGAAGUGUCAAGAAGUUAGAAAUAGAGAAAAUCCCUGCAAAGUUCCACGAAGUUAGGAGUAGAAGACCUUUACGCGAAAUGCUGCGAAGUUAGAAGUAAAGAACCUUCCCCCCUAGUGUGACGAAGUUAGGAAUAGAGGGCCUCCCCGAGCUGUGCAAAACAGGUAUUAUCUCUUUGAACGAAUAAUAUACGUAUUGUGAAAUAGAAAUAUAAAGUUAGAAAUUUAUUAGUCAUUAAGUAUAUAUAUGUAUACUUAACAAAGAAAAGAAUAUAAAAAGGACCGAGUAUAGAGUACGUGUGUUGCUACUAAACGAGAUUUAUGUGCCGGAAGCGAAUUGAAAUUUAUUUUAUUAUUUUUAUUACUUGUAUACACGAGACCAAAGAGGCGUUUUUACCAGCGAAAAGGACGAAGCUCAAUUUACAUUUUCAAUUAUAAUUUGUCUAAGUGAUUGUAAAUUAACCGGUCAUUUUGUUACACUUUUUCAUACCGAAUUGUGCUUAGGACGCCAUCUAUAUUAUUUGUCUCUUGUUAACGCGUUGAAUGCUGUGAUGGAGUUAAAUUAGAUAAUAAUUGCAAGAAAAAUAUUAUUUGGAAUGACAGUUGGUAAAGUGAAAGCUUGAAAUCAGAAAUUUCAAAAGUUAGCUGUUUAAAAAUAAAGUGUCCAUUUUCACUGCAGUCUUUAACGUGUUAAAAGUAGAAGGUGGUUCGGUAAAACUUUGUCGAAUAAUAGUCUCGUCGCUGUGUAAUGCCAAUCUGUAAUAUAUAUAUAUAAAAGAACAGCGGUGAAGAAUAAGAGGGAAAAACAAUCUAAAUAUUCUAAUCCAUCUAGCGUUAAGCUGCCUUUCACUCUUUGUUUUGGUUGAUCCCCUGCGGUCUUCGGUACAACCGGUAAUCCUGCGUUUGUGCCGAAUGAAAACAUAGGAUCUCAUCGUUGGUCAGUGUACAUAUGUGUAUAGAGUAAAUGAGCGUGACCGUGAGAGAGGAAUCAAUGUUUAUACUGUUAAGCAUACGAUAACGUACAAUCUUAAGUAUGUGUAUUAUACGGAUAUAUUUAAAAAAAAAAAAAAAAGGAAGAAAUGAUUGACAUCGAUUGCCGCGAGGUGACUCCUGUUCGUUCGCGUGGAAUCAUUUCACAAAGGGUAUAGCAGGAUAAGAUGGUCAAAAGUGCCCUUGAGCCGAUUUUAUUCAGCAAUGCACCAUUUAAUAGCUUAUGAAAAAAAAAAAACGUUAUACACCAAGUUUCAACCCUAUAUCUCAACCGGGAGGGUUGAAACUUGGUGUAAAAUAAAAUCGGCUCAAGGACACUUUUGACCAUCUUAUCCUGCUAUACCCUUUAACCCUCUCGCUACGAAUCGCGUAUAUAUACGCUCUUAAAUAUUAAUAAUAAAUUAUUUAUAAAAUUUCAGAGUGACGAUUUUCCGUCGAAACGCAACGAGGGGGUUAAAAUUUAUCAAGAUAUUUGUUCAAAAAAUGGUAAAGAUAAACUUCAGAAGUGUACAUUAAAAUUAAAUGUACCUUUAAAUGUAAUUAAUAACUGCUAAUAUUUCUUUGGAUAAAUGUAUAUAUUUUACCAAGAAAUAUUUGGAGACUUUAUAAAUUUCCUAUAUUUAGGGAUCAUAGCUAUCUGCCAAAAACGAGAAAACAAAAAUCUUUCAUUUUCCAUUUGUGAUAUACAGUAGUAUAAACGAGGGUAAUAGAUAAACGACAAUAAAAUUUUCAAUGAUCCUUAUUCAGUUGUACUACUAGCAAAAAAAUUACAGUGAUAUGAUUAUUGUAUCUGUCUCUGAUAUUUGAUGAAUAAUUGUGAUAAUUUUUUAAUGGGGCUCGUAUCGAGCUCAGAAAUAUUAUUUUGAUACCAAAAAAAAAAAGGAAGUGAUAUGAAAGCGAGUCUGCGAACUUAACCUCCUAUUCAAGUUACGAUUUUUUAAUAAAUUCUUUUCUUCACUUUUUCUGUGAUAAAAAUUAUUAUUCAAAGAUUUUGAAAAAGAAAUACUGUAUAAUCGCCGCAGAAGUAUCACCGUUCUCCAAAUUAUACACGUGUUUUUUUCUAACGUCGAAACGCUAUAUUUCUGCCGCGACUAUACUUUUAAGCAUACGAAGAUUCUUAGCGAAGAACAGGGGUCACAAUUGCGCGUCCUGUCCUCUGAACUUACUAUACAUAUACAGUAUGCAUUUAAAGAAAAAAAAAAAAAGCGUUAAGUAGAUGAUAAGUAUUUAUUACUAUUCCGUAGUGACUUGUGCUAGGUGCAAAAUAAAAAAAAAAAAAUGGGAAACGCGCGUAGAUAUGUGAAGAAAGAUUAAAAUGUCUUUUUCUUUUUUCUUAGACUAUGACAAAAGAAAUUUCUUGUACCUCUGGCAUUUUAACUAGCACAUGAUUAUGUGAGAAAAUGUUUAAAUGCGAUCGUUCGACGACAUAGAAGCAGGUCUAAAUAUUGAUAUUAUACGAACGGUAAUGUACUAAACGUUUACUGUAUCCUCAGCGACUGACUCGCUGCAGAAUUGUCCUCUGGACGGUUCACAGACUCUAAAAUGUAUUGGAAAUAAAUAUCAUUUAGAGAA